AUGGGUUCUGUUGAGCAGCUGCAGCUCCAGCUUGGGGGCUUUGACUUCAGCAACCACAGCCGCAACGUCUCGUUGCUGCUGCAGUCAACAGGAGCAGCAGCAGCGCCAGCAACAGGAGCAGCAGCAGCAGCAGCAGCAGCAGGAACAGCAGCAGCAGGAAAUGGAGGCUACCGCAUGCCUCCUCUGCGUAAGACUGGUACAACUAUAUGCGGGGUGGUGUUUAAUGGUGGGGUUGUCCUAGGAGCAGACACAAGAGCUACAGAGGGGCCCCUUGUAGCAGAUAAGAACUGCAACAAGCUGCAUAAAAUCAGCAGCAGCAUCUAUGCAGCAGGUGCAGGCACUGCAGCAGACCUCGAUCAUAUGUGUGAUUGGCUCUCCACUCAGGUGGAGCUUCACAGACUCAACACAUUCGCAAAGAGGCCUCGCGUGAGUAUGGCGGUUUGCGUGCUGAGCCAAGAGCUGUUCAAAUACCAACAAUUGCUGCGGCCGCUGCAGCAGCAGUUGCUGUUGCGGCUGCUGCUGCAUCUGCCGUUCUUUCGUGCUUUCUGCGCCCACAUCGUCUUCAACAGCAGCAGCAGCAGCAGCAGCAGCAGCAAUAACAGCAGCAAAAGCAAUAUCGCCACCACCGCCUCCAUCACCGGCAAUAUCCCACCAGCCUCAGCAGCAGCAACAGCAACAGCAGCAGCAGCAUAA